AUGAAUCGAUUCAUAUUUUUGUUCUUUCUGACAGUAACCAGUUCAUUGGCUGUUCAAUGUUACUCUGAUGUAAAUGUUGGAGGUCUUUCUCAUACAGGACAGCAAAAAAAGAUCGAUUGUGGAUCGAGCUGCAAAUACUGUCUGACAACCAUGGCUUUCACCACGGAUCCUCAAGGCUCAGCAAAUCAAACAUUUUGGGAUUGUGGAUGCUCGGAUCCGAAAAAUAUCGUUUGUACAGAUGCAGGCCGAACAUCUAAUGAAGGCUAUGGUCCAGGAGGAAUUUAUUACAAAGAAGAGAAUAUUUGCUGCAGGGGAGAACUUUGCAACGGAAAUCAACAAAAAACACUGGGAUUCGUGGUUGGAUUGAUGAUUUUUUCAAUCAUCAAAAAUAUUUUA